AUGUAGCCCGAGCCUUGUUUUCUGCAAAAAAUUUGAAAGUCUGCUUCUUAUAUCCGUUUUAACUAUGGGUUUUGCUUCUGCAUUUUAUCUCUGUCUCAUUCUAGUUUUCCUGCUGCCAGUUUCUGUUGUAGCUCAAACAUCUCAGAACAUAACAUUGGGCUCCUCAUUAACUGCAGCGCUCAAUCAAAACGAUUCCUGGAAAUCUCCAUCUGGUGAUUUUGCAUUCGGCUUCCAAGAGGUAGAAGCUGGAAUGUUCUUGCUUGCCAUAUGGUUUGAAAAAAUACCUGAAAAAACCAUUAUUUGGUCAGCCAAUGGCGGAAAUCUGGUGCAACAAGGAUCCAGAAUUCAACUUACAACAGAUGGCCAGUUCAGGCUCAAUGAUGAACAAGGAAAGCAAGUAUGGGUGGCAAGAUUGGCUGGAACUGGCAGUGUUUCUUAUGCAGCUAUGCUUGACACUGGAAACUUUGUGCUGGCAAGCCAGGACUCAACCAACUUGUGGGAGAGUUUCAAUCUGCCAACUGACACAAUAGUGCCCACACAAGUAUUGAAACAAGGUAGCAGUCUCAUUGCCCGUUACGCAGAGACAAAUUAUUCAAGAGGAAGAUUCACUUUCGAGUUGCAAUCAGAUGGGAAUAUAGUAAUCUUCUCCACAAUUUUACCUCCAAAUUCAGUGAAUGGAGGGCCAAAAAAAAGUACAGAAAAUGACCCUCCUUACUAUAGCACUUAUACUGUAGGCAGUGACUUACAGGUUAUCUUCAACCAGUCUGGCUCCAUCGACCUGGAAGCAAAAAGUAGAAGCAUACUCAGGAAUAUAGUACCAAGUAGAGUAUCAGCAAGCAACUCCUACCAGCGAGCAAUCCUCGAAUAUGAUGGUGUCUUCAGGCAGUAUGUCUAUCCAAAGAACAAUAGUGUUGCUGCUGGAAGGCCUAUGGCCUGGUCCCUGCUGUCAUAUGUACCAGAAAAUAUUUGCAAGAACAUCACAAGUGGAGGUAGUGGGAUUUGCGGUUACAACAGCUACUGUAUUAUAGGAAAUGACCAGAGACAUAAGUGCUUGUGCCUACCCGGUUACUCAUACUUGGAUCCAGAUGAUGAACUAAAUGGAUGCAAACAGGAUUUUGCCUCACAAAGCUGUGAUGGAGGCCACGAUGCAGCGGAUCUUUUUGAUCUCCAGGAUAUGAUGAAUGUAGAUUUUGUUAACCUUGCGCCAGAAUACGACUAUUAUGCUGAGGUUACUGAGGAUUGGUGCAGACAAGUAUGCUUGAGUGAUUGCUUUUGCCCUCUUGCAGUCUUUAGAUCUGGUGAUGGGGGCUGCUGGAAGAAGAAAUUUCCUCUUUCCAAUGGGAGAAUUGAUACUGAUUUUGUAGGAAAAUCAUUUGUCAAGAUAAGGAAAGACUAUUCUACAAAAACACCUUCUGAUGAAGGUCCAGGCAAGGGUUCAAAGAAGAAGAAUAAGUCAACUCUGAAUCUUAUUCUAACUAUGCUCUUAAGCAGCUCAGCAUUUUUGAACCUUUCUCUGUUGAUUGCUACUCUUUGGGCUGUUCACAGAAAAAGAAGGGUGAUUCUGGUUCAACCCUCCAGAGCAAUCCAAGGCAUGAGUCUACAAAGCUUCACCUAUAAGGAGCUCGAGGAAGCUACCAACAAAUUUGACGAAGAACUUGGAAAGGGCGCUUGCUCAACAGUUUACAAAGGAGUUUUAGAUAUUGGUAAUAAUAAGAAUUUGAUUGCUGUCAAAAGAUUGGACAAUAUGGUGAAAGACAACGACAAAGAAUUUCAAGCAGAAAUGAGUGCAAUUGGCAAGACAAACCACAAGAAUCUUGUACAGUUGCUAGGAUUUUGCAAUGAGGGACAUCAUCGACUUUUGGUGUAUGAAUACAUGAGCAAUGGAUCUUUAGCAUCUUACCUCUUCGAGAAUUCAAGGCCUAGCUGGUAUAAAAGAACUGAAAUUGCUUUUGGAACUGCAAGAGGGCUUGUUUAUUUGCAUGAAGAGUGCAGCAACCAGAUCAUACACUGCGACAUCAAGCCUCAAAAUAUCUUGCUAGAUGACUCCUUCACUGCAAGAAUUUCAGACUUUGGAUUAGCAAAACUUUUGGAGAAAAACCAGACACGAACUCUUACAGAAAUUAGGGGAACAAGAGGAUAUGUUGCUCCAGAGUGGUGGUUCAGAAACAAGCCUGUCACAGUCAAGGUCGACGUUUAUAGCUUUGGAAUUCUGUUGCUAGAGCUUAUUUGUUGUAGGAGGAGUUUUGAGCAAGAUGCAGAGGAUGAAAACCAAAAGAUAUUGGCUAAUUGGGCAUAUGAUUGCUAUGAAGAAGGGAGAAUGCCACUGCUAGUUCAGGAAGAUGAAGAGGCAAUGGAGGACAUUAAGAGAGUAGAGCAGUUUGUGAUGAUUGCCAUUUGGUGCAUCCAAGAUGAUCCAUUGCUGAGACCCACCAUGAAGAUAGUCUUACAGAUGCUAGAAGGAGCUCUUGAAGUUCCUUAUCCUCCCAUCAAUCCCCAUUCAUCAGUUUGAAUUAAAUGUACAAAAGCCUCAUGAUAAAUUAACAUUCUUCUGAAGUAAUUUAAUGGAGUGAUUUGCAAUCAAUCUUGUAUAUACACUCUGUAGCCGAAUUACAUUUAACAACCAAUUUGAGAAAUUAAAGAUCAGAUAAAUUAAGGUAUUUAAU